AUUAACAACAUUAAAAAUCUAAUUGUCAAAGCUGCUGUCAUCAUGGGCCCGUACAUAAAAUAAAUAUUUUUUAUAUAAAUACGCUUAAAAUAACAAAAAUCAUGUUCAACAAACGUAAAUAGGGGAGAUUGUAAUCUCAUCAGUCUAGAGAAAAUUACAAGUUCUGGACUUUAGCAUGCCUUCCAAAUUCUGUUUGUUAAAACUAUUCUCUAGCAGAAGCGUAAUCAAAGGAACAGAUCUCGACAAGUCUAGAAUCUGUAAGUUCUAUAGAAACUAUGCAGAUUCAACCAAAGUUGAAUCAACAUCCAAGCAAGUCAUGGUUCAAGGAACAGCUGACGACCCAGUGCUGCGCGUGCGCCGCGCCCGUCCCGCGGACAUAACGCGAGUUAUACGGUUCGUAAAGGAUAACGUGCGUCUCGCCUGGCCGGGGCUGGUCAACCAGAACUCGACGAGCAACCAUGUUGUGAUGUCAGAUUUCGUUGCUAGAACCCUCGCUCAAGGACAUUCGAUGUUAGCUGAACAGCAAGAAGGUAAACGUGGCUGGUCACAAAUACGCGGAGUUGCUAUCAAUACCUGCGUGUGUCCUUGGGAUGCCUCGCUGUUGGAAAAGUGGGCAAAAUGUGUUCGAUGUAUUCAAUCAAAGAAAAUGAUGUUGUUCACAGCUCACUGUCUCAGGGCGCCAGAAUUACAUGACAAAUAUAGAGUGCAAAACAUAUUGCAGGUUAUACUGUUGGUGCCGCCUGACUCUCCCCGGUCUGCAGAAGUGGUCUACAUGCUAGCCAAGAAGUCCAUCCACCGCGGUCGUGAACUUGGCUUUCCUCUGCUACGGUUCGAUGUCACCGAUGAACCAAUAGCAAAGAUUUUGGAACAUUUGCAAUUGAAAAGGGAAUACGCAUUUAACUAUGAAGUUUUACCGGCUGAUAUAAGGGUGUACAGAAUGGAUUUAAAUAAGGAUGAAAAAUCGAGCAACGAGAAGAAGGAAACUAAAAAAAAUUAUGUCACCGUGUAUACUGCUUUUCCUGGUGCUGAAAAAAUAUAAAUUUCUAAGAAUCUACAACGGAAUCUAUGAGUUCAUAUAAAUGACGACGAAGUUAAUUACAGUUCAUACAUUUAUUAACAACAUCAUUAUAUGCUUAGAUCAUCGUUAUGUACCCUGUAACAUUAUACAUAAUUUUUAAACUGGUGACAGCCAAUAAAUAAUUGAAAAAUUGAA